AUGCUCUGCGCCACUAGCCGCCUCCUAGCGGCGACGGCGCUCCCCGCCCAGCCCAGAGGCGGGGGCCCCGCGCCCCGCUGCCGGCGCAGGGAACUACAUUUCCCAGGGCACCCCGAGCUGUCCCUUUGUGACUUCUUGACGGGGCAGCUCGUAAGACCUAGCGUGCCUGCGGGCCGGAGGGCCAUCCUGAGGAGGGGAAGGAUGCCGCCGGCGGUGGGCAGGGGCCUGGCAGGGUCCGAACUGCGUCCCCGGAGGGGCUGCUGUGGGCCCCAGGCCGCUAGGGCCUUGGGCCCGGAUGUGGCCACAGAGGCUGCAGCGCGCAGCCUCAAACGGCCUGCUCCGGGCUCGCGGCGCUUCGAGGCGGCCGCCCGGUGGGCCCUGCUGGCCCUGGUGACGCUGCUGUCCUUCGCCACCCGCUUCCACCGUCUGGACGAGCCGCCGCACAUCUGUUGGGAUGAGACUCACUUUGGAAAAAUGGGAAGUUACUAUAUCAACCGAACCUUUUUCUUUGAUGUGCACCCGCCUCUGGGAAAGAUGCUGAUAGGUCUUGCUGGCUACCUGAGUGGAUAUGAUGGUACCUUUUUGUUCCAGAAGCCUGGGGACAAAUAUGAGCAUCACAACUACAUGGGAAUGAGAGGAUUCUGUGCUUUCCUUGGUUCCUUGCUGGUCCCCUUUGCCUACCUCACGGUAUUGGAGCUGUCCAGGUCCCUCCCGGCAGCACUGCUCUCCGCUGCCCUCCUCACCUUUGACACAGGAUGCCUCACUUUGUCCCAGUACAUCCUUCUUGAUCCCAUCUUGAUGUUCUUCAUCAUGGCUGCCAUGCUGAGCAUGGUCAAGUACAACUCCUGUGCUGACAGGCCCUUCUCUGCCCCCUGGUGGUUCUGGCUCAGCCUGACUGGCGUGAAUCUGGCUGGUGCUUUAGGGGUCAAGUUUGUUGGCCUCUUUGUCAUCCUGCAAGUGGGGUGGAACACUGUUUCAGACCUUUGGCACCUGUUUGGAGACCUCAGUCUUUCAUUGGUAACCAUGGGAAAACACCUGACUGCUCGUAUCCUGUGCCUCAUAGUGCUGCCCCUGGCUCUCUACACAGCCACUUACGCUGUUCACUUCAUGGUGCUGAAUAAAAGUGGUCCUGGUGAUGGUUUCUUCAGUUCUGCCUUCCAGGCCCGGCUUUCAGGGAACAACCUUCACAAUGCUUCCGUCCCUGAACACCUGGCCUAUGGCUCUGUGAUCACUGUGAAGAACCUGCGGAUGGCCAUCGGCUAUCUCCACUCCCACAGGCACCUGUACCCUGAGGGCGUUGGCGCCCGCCAGCAGCAGGUCACCACCUAUUUGCACAAGGACUACAACAACCUGUGGAUUAUCAAGAAACAUAAUACAAACUCAGAUCCCCUCGACCCUUCAUUCCCCGUGGAGUUUGUAAGACAUGGAGACAUCAUUCGCCUAGAACACAAAGAGACUUCUCGGAACUUGCACAGUCACUAUCAUGAGGCCCCCCUGACGCGGAAGCACUAUCAGGUCACUGGCUAUGGCAUAAAUGGGACAGGGGACUCAAAUGAUUUCUGGCGGAUUGAGGUUGUAAACAGAAAAUUUGGAAACCGGAUCAAAGUGCUGAGAAGUCGAAUUCGCUUCAUCCAUCUGGUCACAGGUUGUGUCCUGGGCUCUUCAGGAAAAGUCCUGCCCAAGUGGGGCUGGGAGCAGUUGGAAGUUACUUGCACUCCAUACCUGAAGGAGACCCUCAACUCCAUCUGGAAUGUGGAGGACCAUAUCAAUCCCAAACUGCCAAACAUCAGCCUGGAUGUGCUGCAGCCCAGUUUUCCUGAGAUCUUGCUGGAGUCCCACAUGGUGAUGAUCCGGGGGAACAAUGGCCUCAAACCCAAGGACAAUGAGUUUACAUCCAAACCCUGGCACUGGCCUGUCAACUAUCAGGGCCUGCGCUUCUCAGGAAUCAAUGACACGGACUUCCGAGUGUAUCUGCUUGGCAACCCGGUGGUUUGGUGGCUGAAUCUGUUGAGCAUUGCCCUCUACCUGCUCUCAGGGAGCAUCAUUGCUGUAGCUGUGCAGAGAGGGGCACAUCUGCCUGCGGAGGUUGAAGGGCUGUCCCAGGUCCUGCUGCGAGGAGGCGGUCAGCUCCUGCUUGGCUGGACGCUCCAUUACUUCCCGUUUUUCCUGAUGGGCCGGAUCCUCUACUUCCACCAUUACUUCCCAGCCAUGCUUUUCUCCAGCAUGUUGACAGGUGUUCUGUGGGACACUCUCCUGCGGCUCUGUGCCUGGAGCCUGUCCUCAUCUUCCCUGGCCAGGGGUGUACAUGUGGUGGGAAUUCUGAGCCUGCUCCUGGGAACUGCCUACAGCUUCUACCUCUUCCAUCCUCUGGCUUAUGGGAUGGUUGGUCCCCUAGCCCAGGACCCCCGAAGUCCGAUGGCAGGACUAAGGUGGCUGGAAUCAUGGGACUUUUGAGGCCGCUGCAAGGACCCCAGCCUGAGUCCAGGGACUUCCUGGGGACAGCGAGCUGUGAAGCCAGUCCCUGGACCCUCCCAGCUGUGGAGGAAGAUGCUUGAGGAGUCUGAGGAGUUCUGCUGUCUGCCAGGACCAAGCUCUGGGAGCAUACCCAGAAUUUAACACAACACUGGAGAGAGCCAUGGCUCUGUCUGCAGAGGUUCCACUGCUGGGGAUGGCUCAGCAGCAGAGGACAACUCUCUCAGGACCGUUUCCCUGAAUGUGCAACAUGAGGAAGGAUGAGUGUGCGAGAGAGUGGGUGUGAGUGUGUGGGAGUGUGAGGGUACACUUGUCCAUAUACCUGUGAAAUACAGACCGUGACUGUGGACAGCUGAGUGUUAUAAACUCCAAGAAAUAGUCCAGGGCUACAGUAGUAUUUUCUGGUAUUUUUUUCACACUGGAUUUGGUUUAUAAGUAAGAUCCCUCAAAAAUUCUCUGACCUCCGAGAGGGCUGAGAUCGCUGACCUCACCUUGGGCUAUCACUGAGGGCAGAGCAGAAGGGACCGGCAAAGCUGUGCUGUCCUUCUUCCCACAAACAAAGCCAGCGGGAGGGUUGGCCUCCCAGCUGCUUCCCCAUGUGGCUGCUGCUGGGAAGUCUCUUCUGUGGCAGCGGGUGGCUGGAACUUCCUGCCUGCAGUGUGCACAGAGGACUGGGCUCCAGAGCCCAAGAACUCACCAGCCCUUGGUUGGCCCUCCUCAGCCCUUGGUUCCUUGCUUUCUGAGAAUGUCACACUGUGAGGUUGGUGGGAGGAAUGGCGUCCUAUCCUUGGCUGCUCUGUGUUCCCAGGCCCUGCGUGCCAGAAGUGGUUUCUCACUGCCCAUCCCUUACUUUCUACAUCCAGCCUGACUCGAGGACAGGACAGAUGCAUUCUCCUCAUGGCUGGGAGAGCCUUUGGGGCCCCUUUCUUAGCACUUGAGAUAGAUGUGCGGCAGAGCAGGGGUGUGUGGUGCUGGCCUGAGGUCCCAGUGGGGUGCUGGGGUGUGGACUGCCCCAGCCAGUCUGGGCUGAUGUUCCUGUCACUCGCUAGGCAUUCCCCAUUUUUACUUCUCUAGUCCUUCCCUGCUGACACCCCGUUUUACGCCAUUUUAUUUUCCUUUCUCUGUGUCACUGUUCCACCAAUCUCUUUCUCCCCAAAGACCCUAGAAAUGCAUCACAGCUUCUACUCUCUACCACUUUGAAGCCCAAGCAGGAAGCUCACAGCUAUUCCUUUUGCUUCCUCCCCAAAGGAAUGGGAUUAAGAAAACCCUUGGGUUAGACCCAAACCAACCCAAAGCCAGCCCCUCAGCUUGCCUCCCUCCUCCCAGUGCAUGACAGAAUAUUUGUUUGUCUCAGAGGACUGUGGUGCUUCAAGGUUUAAUGAUGAAUGUCUGCCACACACCAUCUUCCCUCCUCUAUAGCCCCCACCAGCUCUGACAGGGUCAGAGCUCUUUAGAGCAGCUUCGGGAGGCGGUUGCCACGGAGACUGGAAAUUGGUCCCAGGGACAGGCUGUGCUACCUACUGGGUGGUGGGGAGGGAAGCUUCUGGCCAUGCUUGGAUGUUCAGACCAACCAUCAUUAAUGUUAAUAGAGGAAAUGCAGCAAUGUCAAAAGCAAGGCAGGUUUGUUAAAUUAGAUCUGGGGCCUGAUGACCUCCCUCUUCCAGGGCUACAGCCCUUUUGACUUCCCCCAGCAGGAAGCGCUGCCUGUGUGCUGAGUCUGGGCUGCUUGCUUAAUUGCAUUUCUGGAAGGGAAAGAGAGCAGGGAUGGAGAACCUCUGCUCACCCCUUUCAACCCACCAAUCUCCCUCCCCUCCUCCCCACAGGCAGAGUUGGUUUCUUCUGAGCUGGGUGGGGGCAGCCAUCUGGGUGGGCUCUCCUGGAGGUAGCAUGCAGGAAUCUGUGCUUGGCUCUUAGCUGAGAACAGUGGCCCACGAUGACAACCAGGAGGCGGCUGAUGAUCCCUUGUGCCUUCUUAUUUCCUAAUGGGAUCUUGUUGGAAGGGAGGAGCUCUGAAGGAGCUAAAGGGGCAGCCACUCGGAGUGAGGGGGAGGAAGGAGAAAGCUCAGCCAGUUUCUGCCUGUCCCUCCCUCCUGAUCUGGCCACACUGGGGACAAAGGGUUCCUCUGUCCCUUCCACUGCUCUCCAAGGAUGGGAGAAUUGUCUGCCCACUCCCUCCUCUACCUCCUUGCCCAGACUGGCAGAUACUUCUCUGGGGACAAGGCCACGUGGGUUGAUGCAGCUUCAAGUGCCCAGGUUCUGUUGUUGGAAGAUGCUGCGGAGAGGGGCUGGCAGAGUGGUGCUCCAAAUAUGGACUCCAGCCCCCAAGAAUUGGCAGAAAUGUGACAUGCCCCACAAACUUGGUGGUGGAGGAAGAAGACUUCUGUUAGCCCAACCUCCAGCCAGCUUCUUGUGCCACGUUUUAUAUUAAAAAAAUUUUUUCCACGGAUAAUCAGAGGAUAAUUUGUAAUAAA